UCAGAUAUUACCUCAGUUUCCCACCCAGUUCAGGGGAGCUCUGGUAUGCCCCUUAUGAAGGAUGGCUUCGCCUUCACCGCUGCAAAAACAAACAUUGGCUUACCUUGUGAGAUGUUUGUUUUCAGCGUUUAAGACGGAGACCUCCUGCCCUCCCGAGACUAAGGACUGCGUUCCCGGUACCGGGGGAAUCAGUCAUACACUUAAAGGUUAUUUGUUAUAGGAUCUAGGAUUGUUCUUAAUUAUUAUUAGAACCUUUGUUGUUUGUUAGCCUUUGAUAAUUAGUUAUUAGACAUUCCUCAGCUUGGCUAUUUCACUGACUGGGCAACAAGGGGGAUGGGUUCCCCAGGGUUCACACCCAGAAUUCUAGGUCCUACCUGCUUUGAGCGAACAGAGGAAACCAACCCUUAUGAAGGAUAUCUCCGCCUUCAACGUUGAAAACAAACAUCUCACAAGGGAAGCCAGUGUUCGUUUAUGUCCUGUAAAGCUCCAUCUGGUUUCCUUCCAGGCAUUUCGAAUGAGUGUAUUCUCCCACAUGAGUGUAUCCUCGUGGUUCCUUCUUGUGGGAACAUGGGCUACAGGCUUCUCAGUGGCUGCCCAUGAGACCCGAACUCCUUUCCUGGGGAGGUUAGACUGUUUCCAUCCCAAGAUGAAAAUAGCCUUCUGAAAACUACCUGAUACUAGUUUUAGCAAUGUGUGUUUCUGCUGUUUUAAUCUUUCCUUUUAGUCUCUUAUGUUUUAAUGGUUUCAGUUCUGUAGAUAGCUUGCCUUUUAACUAUAAUUUGUGUGUACAUUUAUUUUUAUUUUUUUGUUGUUGUUCAGCUUGCUGUAAAUCACCAUGAAUCCAAGUCCUGGGGGAUAGAAAUGGGGAAAAAUCAUCAUAAUGAUGUAAUUCUUAAUUCUUCUCUCUUCCCCUUCUCUCCCCAUUUGUGCUUCUGCUGCAGGACUUAUUUGUGAAAGAGAUGGCUGAGAAGGAGAAAUGUCAUUUUGAAUCCAGUCCAAAGCAGUGGCCCAAGUGGAUCACACAAGGCAGAGGAGGAAUGUCCCCUUCAAUGAGAGGUGGAAGAAGGACUGAAUCUAUGUGUACAAGGACAUCUCUUCAUCCUGAUGGAUUCAAAACAGCUUCUGGGAGACUAGCUCAGGUGACCUUUGAGGAAGUGGCUGUGGAUUUCACAGAGGAGGAGUGGGCCCUGAUGGAUCCAGGCCAAAGAGCCCUUCAUCGGGAAGUGAUGGAGGAGAUUGUGGGGGCCCUGUCCUCUCUGAGUAAGGCUCCAUCUUUCUUGUGAUCGUGCAAGUGCUGAAUAGUAACCUCCCACUACCCUUUUCCUUGAUCAAUGUAGUUUGCCCUGCUGAAGUUCACAUUUGUAAUAACACUUUAA